AUGCUCAACCUCCAAGGAAAAGUCGCCCUGGUCAUCGGCCUCGGCCAAUCAGGCUCGGACGGCUGGGGCAUCGGCGCCGCCUGCGCCGUCACUCUCGCCAAGCAGGGCGCCCUCAUCUUCGGCGGCAACCGGACCGUCGAGUCCACGACCAAGACCCGGACGGCCAUCGAGGAGGCCGGCGGCGUGUGCGACGUCGUCGCGACGGACGCGACGUCGUCCGAGUCCGUCAGGGCCCUCGUGGACGCCUGCCUCGCCCGCCACGGCCGCAUCGACAUCCUCGUGACCAACGUCGGCCAGUCGCAGCCCGGGUGCCCCGCGACCAUGGCCGAGGCGACGUGGGACGCGCAGAUGGACCUGAACCUCAAGAGCGUCUACCUUGCCUGCCACCACGUGCUGCCCGUCAUGGCGGCGCAGCCGUCCGGGGGCAGCGUCGUGUGCGUGUCGAGCAUCGCGGGCAUGCGGUACAUCGGCAAGCCGCAGGUCGCGUACAACACUACCAAGGCGGCCGUCAUGCAGUUCGUCAAGGCGACGGCCGUCAUCUACGCGGGAAAAGGGGUGCGGCUGAACACGGUCGUGCCGGGGCUGAUGGACACGCCCUACACCAAGGGGCUGUCGCAGAGGUUCCCGCAGGAGGGCGGCUACGAGGCCUUCCGGAAGAUGAGGGACGACCAGGUGCCGAUGGGCCGGAUGGGGGACGCGUGGGACGUUGCCAACGCGGCGGUGUUUCUGGCCUCGGACGAGGCGCGGUACAUCACCGGGCAGAAGAUUGUGGUGGACGGCGGUAUCACUUCGUCCACGGGGCGGGUCUAG